CGUCUCUCUCAGUCUCUCACCUACCUUACCUACCACCUACCUAGGUAGUCAAUUGAAUGAUCCCCUCUCAUUCUAUUCGCACACUGGACACCUAAGGUAACCUUAGGUAGCCCACUCUGAAUAUCAGCACAAAAAAAAAAACACCACACACAAAAUGGCGGACGAGGAACCAGCACAGAACAGGUCCUUCCCCAUGCCCCCAGACUACUUCUGGAAGGACUUUACACCCCAAAACAUCGAACGCAUCCAGCAGCUACGCAGUGAAUACAAGGACGCCACCGGCAUUGAUCCCCCACCUCGAUUACCCUCUCUACCCGAGGAACUAUGGCACCUUCAACCGCCAGCAGAACCAGCAGAUGGCAAAUGGAAAGUGUUUGGAGAUACAUAUACCCUUAAAGACGAACUCCCCACGCUCGAGGACCAAAACAUCCAACGAGUGAUCCCGACGCCGCCACCACCCGACGCCGCCGUACCCGCGCACGCCGACCGCGCCCUGAUCAUGAAGCGCCUGGCCAAGUCGAUACUGCUCAACUUCCUGGAGCUGGUGGGCGCCAUGGCGGUGCAGCCGGCGCACGGCGAGGACAAGGUGGCCGACAUAUCGGCGCUGCUCAUGAACAUGGAGCACGCCAUAAACGAGUACCGCCCCCACCAGACGCGCGAGCAGCUGAUCCAGACCAUGCAGGAGCGCCUCGACCGCACCCGCGCCGAGACGGCCGCCCUCCGAGCCGCUGCCGACAAGGCCAGGCGCGUCCUUGAGGGGCUGGGCAGCAUCAAGGUCCCCACCAGGGAGGAGCUGCUGGGCGACUGGGCCGUCACGAGUGAGGACUUGGCUAAAGAGGAGGAGGCGCGGAGGAGGAGGAGGCAGGCUGAGCGCUGGGAGGCUAUGGACGCUGCCUUUGCGUAGGUUUGGCGGGGGAGGGCGGUGAGAUGAGCCUGGUUUGGCGAGCGAGCGAGUCGAGCAGCCAGGAAGGUCACAAUAAGGUUAGCAGGUGGUGCGAGUCAAACUGGCGCCGGGUUCACGGUGUUGUUUCGAGGACCAGCCAAAGUUGGAACGCCUCGAUUAUCCCAGUCCCAAGAGGUACUGCGCCUGGAAGUCACCGUGGGAAAUGAGAAGAAAUUCGACAACAUGUGCCCCGAGUCCCUAGGAACUAUGGAGACACAGAGCUUGCCUUCAGGAGUGGAUGGUUUGGUUGCCUGGGAACACCAACAGCCAAAAUACGACUGUGGGCAGGAGGGCGGUUGACGGGCUGUGAUCAAGCGUCACGAACGGAUUUUUGGGCUAGAUUGGAGUGUGAAAACUCCAAGUCGCUUUUGGAAUUCAUAUCGUCUCGUUUGAUCCAGGACUCGCGUAGCCCAUGCUGACUACAAAUAUUCAAACUGGCCUGCACUUAAACAAAACACUGAGGAAAAAAAAACAGUACUCAUCGAUAUCACACACAGAUAAAUCAAUUGUUCUUGGACGCUUCAAUCACAGACCAGAACUUUUAUCGUUGUGGUCGAUUAUUCUACUAUUCAUGGGGUAUUUCUUUUUUUU